AUGGCCGACAGCAAACGGUCCAGCAUACCUUCCAAGGGUUUGAUUUUCUCAGAUAUUCAAGCUUCUGAUCAUAUCGAGUAGUCAGUCUAGUAACAUCAUGAUAGCCUUUUGUUACAAGCUAGAACUGAAUUUUUUUUCGGUUCUUUUCAUAUGAGAAAAUUCCUUCAGACUUUGCUCAGAAACUGGCAAAAAAAAAAACUGUGUAAUAAGUUAACGGAACUUCAAGUUUCAAAACAAAAAAGUCAGUCCAAUAGGUUGCUAAGGCUUCGACGAGAAAGCUGAUCAAGACAAAAUAAUUAUUUCUUCUUUUUUAAUAAUUUUUCUCGAGAAUGUGAGAUAUUUCAAGCUUUCGGUUAGACUUGUACGUGAUCGAAAGAAGUAGGAUUCAACUCUCUUCUGUUCUCGAGACGACAGGUUUCCGGAAAAAAAAACGAUAAUUCAUGAUUUCAAGUUUCUCUGAUAAGUUAACCGCUCAUUAAAGCUCAGCAAGAAAUUCUCAUGUUGAAAAAGUUCACACCUGUAUUUUAACUGGCAUUACUCCAUUUAGAAGUCACUAUAUUAAGUUUUUUGAUUCCAGGGGGCAACCCUUUGGAAGAUGCCGUGCAGCUACCGCAGAAGAAAGUCUACACGACCUGGCCCGAAAUGAUCCGACACUGGCCGAAGACCACUCUUUGCAUCGUGUCAAAUGAGUUCUGCGAGCGUUUUUCAUACUACGGAAUGAGAAGUUAGUUGAAGAUUUUUCGACUUUUGCUUCAGAAAAGAAUGUUCACCAUAAGUACUUUAUAAAUGGUCUGCAUAUCUUCAAAUAUCUGACGAGAAAGAUAUAUUUGAGGGUGGCGUGAGAAAUUGAUGUGAUAUGUGAUUUCGCAAAAAAUUUAUUCGAGGUCCCUUGACUCCUAAUUGAUAAUGAUUUUUUGCAAAUCUUAGCGAAAAAAAUGUUCAAAAUCAUAAAGUUUUGCAAAAAUAAAAAAACUUUUCUCUUUUCAGUCGCGCUGAGAUAUCUUGAAAGAAAAAAUUUAACUUUUCGUGGUUUGAAAUGCUUCGAUUUACAUUUUAGAAAGUUCAAAAAAAAAGAGACUCAAGUUUCUGAUUUUCCGUUCAUAGUUCUGUGGAUUUAAGAUUGAUUUUCAAGCACGAAAGAAACUGAAAAUUCAUUUAGCCGAUUUAUAUUUAAUUACCUUUGUAUUUUUGUUUCGAACGUUUUUAACGUUUUUAACCAUCCUGAAGCCUAUACUUUCCAAUCAGCAAUGAAAAAUUUUAAUCUUUUGAAGAAGUUUUUCUAACCGCUUCAUUAUUUUUUUCCUUUUUUUCUUAAAACAAGUAAACUUCAAAAGCUCAAUUUUUCAUCAACGCAGUCUCCAAACCCUCCUCAAUAACACCGAGUACAUUAUUAUUCAUUUUUUUCGUCUUUCAACUGGAUUUUCAUGCUGACGGGAAUGAUUGCGUUGGAGUGCAUGUUCUUACGUUCUUACGAUCUUUUUCGGUAGAUAAGAAAUACACGUUAACUAGAUAAGCUUGAUGAAUCCUCAGCGGGUGAAAAUUUCGACUGGUAAAAUUUUCUAAGGGGUUACUCAGAUAGCCCUGAUGUUUGUGGAUGUUGGAUUAAGAAAUCGUAGUUAGAAAUAAGAUGGCAAAAAUGAACAUAAAAGGCCUUUAAACAGUAGACGUUCAAAACUGUUUACUGAAAUUUUUUUUUCUCAUUUUUCAGUUUCAUGUUGGUUUCUAAUACAGUUCAGCAUAGAAUUUUUCUUCAAAUAAUCUGACCGGUUCCUAUGAUCCGAAACUUUCUUUCAAGCCACAGUUAUUAACCGAAAUGCGAACUAGGUUAAGGCGUUUUUCCGAAUGGUUCUUUUACUCAGUCCGAGAAAGUUGAACUGAUCGGUUUUCAGCUGUGUUGACUUUUUACUUGUUGAACGUGCUGAAGUUCACCGACAACCAGUCGACGAUUUUCUUCAACGGAUUCACAGUUUUGUGCUACACAACGCCUUUGCUCGGAUCGAUCAUUGCUGAUGGCUAUAUCGGCAAAUUCUGGUCUUUCAAAAUACAAAAAUUGCAAAAAUCUUUUGUUUCAGGACAAUUUUCACAGUUUCGAUACUUUAUGCAGUUGGACAAGUCAUUUUGGCUUUAGCUUCCGUCAAAAACUUCCAGUCAAACGUGCAUCCGUCAGUUGAUUUCGCUUUCUUUUUUUCGUCUUGUCCACCUAUUUGUAAUCAAAAGAUUAGACUUAAUUUAUUGCUGAUAAUGAUACUGCACAAACUACAAGUGCGUUGGCAUGCUUAGCUAGUGGCGAUAGUGUCUGAGACUCGGAUAAUUACCUCAUAGUAGACUGAGAUGACAUUCAUAGUUUUGAUAAAACAGAAUGAUGCGUAGAUAAAGGAACUUUGAACGUCGUUUUCCUUCCAUCCAUUAAAAAAUGGCUUGAUUGAAAAAAUUUGAAAAGACUGGUUCAGAACUUCAGAGUAACCUGAUUCAUGUGAAACUUCAAGCUUAUUCUGUUUUUCAAUCGAGUUGGACGUUUUUAUGAGGUCCUUUUUAACGGUGCAGUAAAAAAAACUUAAGAAAAAAAUUCCAGUAAUUCUCAAAACCUUUCUUGUAUAUAAGAAAAGUUGCAGAUGGAUGGACUUAUCUGGGCUGUUGAUUAUUGCCUUCGGUACCGGUGGAAUCAAGCCAUGUGUCUCUGCUUUUGGUGGAGAUCAGUUCGAGUUGGGACAAGUGAUUGCAAAGUUGUUGAUAAAUACCGAAAUGUUUCUAUUACAGGAAAGAAUGCUCUCUUUGUUCUUUUCCAUGUUCUACUUCUCGAUUAACGCCGGUUCAAUGAUUUCAACCUUUAUCUCUCCGAUUUUCCGAUGUUUUAACAAAAAAGAGUACUUUGUUAAUUGAAGAGUUCAGCGCAACCAUGUUUGGGCCAGGAUUCUUGCUAUCCACUCGCUUUCGGAGUUCCCGCUGUUCUGAUGAUUUUGGCUACCGGUAAUAUUAAUAAGAUUGUGCCUGAUACUAGAAAUUUUCAGCUGUUUUUAUGGCUGGCUCAUUUUGGUACAAGAAAAACCCACCAAAGGAGAACGUUUUUGGUGAAGUAGCGCGUCUAAUGGGAGUAAGUUACAUUCGAAACGUCCAACACUACGGAAUAAAUUUCCAGCGAUCUGUCUCUAACAAAUGGAGUGCAAAGGAAAAGAAAGACCACUGGUUGGAUCAUUACCUCACUACUCACGUCUGCGAGGAAGAUCCGAAGUGAGUUGAAGUCAUCAAAACCUUGGCUAAAUGAUAAUUGACAGAUGCAUGGAGCUACGAGCUGAAAAGCGGAACAAGUCGGUUUGCCAGAAGGCGCGGUUCAUCUCUGACGUCAAGUCUCUUCUGCGAGUUCUUGUCAUGUUCCUUCCCGUGCCAAUGUUCUGGGCUCUCUACGAUCAACAAGGAUCCGUCUGGCUUCUUCAAGGUUCCGAUUUCAUAUGUAUUAUGGGUAACUCGUCGUGGUCUGAGAAGUUAUGAGGUGCGCAAAAGUUCAUCAAUGCGACGUAUGAUGCCGAAAGUUGUCGAAAACGGUUCGCUUCUCACAUUUUAAGAGUUUUCUUUGCGCGCAAUCGCUCCUAGUUGAAGUUGACGUCUCCUCUACAAGAAAAGUUAAAAAUUCAGUAAAACCUACACAAAGAAAUUAAACAGAAAUUAUCAUCGAAAAACCAAUGGAAAUCACAUUUUUAUACAAAUUCAACGAUUUGGUUGAUUUCUAGUUUGUGAAAAUCAGAAUUGUAUGAAAGUGACAAAAAGUUUUCCAAUUGCCCAAAAAAUUAGAAAAGUUAACAAAAACUGCGUUUGGAGGUAUUCAAAUGGACUGUCGUCUCACCGACAGCUUGCUCAUCCUUCCCGAUCAGAUGCAAACCCUCAACGCCGUUUUGAUUCUGGUCUUCAUUCCGCUUUUCCAAGUCAUCAUCUACCCACUGGCCAGUAAAUGCAUCGUCCUUACGUGAGUGAUAACCGAGUUUUCAUUCCUAAAACUUUAAGAAGAUUCAAGAGAUUAGAAUUGUCUAUCUAUCGUAUCAUGUCUAAUCUUAUUCUAUUUUGAUGCCACAUUGCACUUUCCUUCAUGAAAAAAGCAAGGAGAGUCGGAAAUAUGGUAUUGACCAAAUUAGACCCUCAAGUUAUAAAAAGGUUCUUCUUAUUGAUUAAUUUCAAAUUACAUCACAUGCUUCUGAAACAGUUUCAAGCUCAAUUUUCUCAGUAGUAGAAAAAAUUCAAACCAUUAUUUACGACCUUCAAAAUUCGAUGUUUCAAAAACAAGAUACGAAUUCCUGACGAAAAACAGUUUUAUUGCGUUGUAUUGAUGCAGCUUUAUCGAAUCAAGCUUCCAAAACUUAAAAUUGAUCCGUGAAAAAUUUUCUUUCAAACAAAGUUCUUAAAAAAAUAUGGAAAAUAUAAAAAAAUCUUGCUGUAGGCCUCUCCGCAAAAUGGUUGCUGGUGGACUUUUGGCUUCUUUAUCUUUCUUGAUCACCGGCUUCGUGCAAUUGAGCGUCAAUGUAAGAUUGAGAAAAAACAAAGCAUGUUGAUAAAAUAAAAUUUAGCAAACACUCCCCACUAUUCCUGCUAAGGGAGAAGCUUUUGUCAGUUUCUGGAAUCAAAUUGACGGGGCUUCGUGCUCUUUCACUGUGACAGACGGCUCACGUUCAAUCAUGCUCAGCUCUAACGCGGUGAGAAAAGAAAAAAAGAAUUUGUUGAAAAAAGGGCUCUCAGACAAUGUACGAAGAUAAAAAUGACAAGAGCGGCGCCUACAAGCCUUUUGCCACCAGAGGAAGCGGUUCCACAUGGACGCAGAAGUACACAUUGAAAUACAGCGGCAACUGUCCGGUAUAAAGAUUUUUUGUUACUUCUAAGAUAACUGCAGCGUUUAGGUUUUGCCUACAACCAUCAAUGUCCCAGUCACAGAAAAGAAGAUUCUCUAUGUCGCUGUUAAUAACAGAGGAUGGUACUCGGCUAUCACGAAGCCUGACAAGCCAACCGAAGGAACGGGAGAAUUCUCGAUGAGGUGUGUUUCCAGAAACAUGAAUUUUAUGAAAAUUCCGGUUGAAUUCUCAUCGAGGUCUCUGAAGUCGCAUGAAAUUUCAGUUUCUGAAUUCAAGUCAAAGUGAUAGACUUUCUUCUGUUGAAAAAUGAUUUUUAUUAAAUCUCCAGUACAGUCAACGCUACUUUUGCGACCUUUCCGAGAAUCGAAAGUUUUUCCUGAAAUUUCUUAAACUGUAGAUUUCUAUAAGCUUCCUAUAUUUUUUUGGACCUUUCGUUCGUCAAAUUUCCACUUUGUCUACCCGGAAACUGUUAAAUUCCAUGACGAAUGUAGUUCACAACGAAAAAAUUUUUUCAGCAUCGUUUCGGCAACGCAAGAGCUCUACGCGUUCAACUUCGCCAUGUGUCGGACUGACGCUAGCGAUUACGAUCCGGCCCAUCCUUGCAAUCCCCGCAGUCCUGCCGACUUCUACUAUUGGGAGACCGACUACAACGACCACACCGAUGACCGCGACUUCAACGCCACUAUCACCUCCACCAACGGCGCCAACGGCAUCGCUCCUGUCUACAAAUUCAAGUCUGUAAAGCCUGGAAAGUGAGUUUUUAUAAAAUUUUUUGGAAAUUCUUACAGAGUGAUUUUUUUGAUGGAUAACCUGGUUAUCUUUCGAUUGAUUCUGAAUUUAAGCUAACAAUUUGCUGAAGAGAAAUUUGAGGGGAUUUCUGGAAACAAUCAUUGAAAAAAAGUAUUUGAUGAAUCUCUUUUAAAAUAUCCUUCAACUUUAACUUUUUGCACACACCUUAUGAGAAAUUUGAGCAUAAAUUCGGAAUCAGCGUGAAUAUUUUCUUAUUCAGAAAUUUAUUAUUCAUUUGAGGGCAUUUAAUAGCUAGUAGGUGGGUUAGUUGGUCCAUAUAUGUAGUAAAUAUCAAAACAUAAAAUUUUACCAUCCAGAGCAAAAAACUUCUUCUCUUGCAGAUGGGAACUCUUCUAUCUUCUGGACCGACCGAAAGACGUGGACCACAAAACCGAAUCCAAAUCCGACGUAAAAGUGGCCACAACCGGAAAGAAAAUCCAAAUUUACAGCCAAGGAGGAGUCUACGUCUUCGCUCUGACAGGAUCCAAAGUGAUUUUUUUUUAAUUUCCAAUUAUUUAUAAGACGGUUUAGGCAAGCACCCAAAGUUUGAAUUUGCACGUGCUCCAAGUGGUACAGUCGAAUUCGGUCAACAUUCUCUGGCAGGUCCCCCAAAUCGUUGUUAUCACAGCGGCUGAAAUUCUUUUCUCUAUCACCGGAUACGAGUUUGCCUACUCUCAAGUAAGGAUUUCUUUUUUCGAAAAAGCUUUUUUUCAAAACGAAAGGAUAAUUUGCUUGAUCGAUAAGAAUUUUUUUUCGAUAAAUCAGAGAGAGAAAGAGAGAUCCUGGAAGUAUCAGUUUGAAAAACGGAAAGGAAACAUCAAAGUCUAAUAAAAUAAGCAAACCCCAAAACUUUUCAAAGAACCUUUUUCUGAUGAUCUUUCUUCAGUCGGCUCCAUCGAUGAAGGCGUUGGUGCAAGCGUUGUGGCUGUUGACGACGGCGUUCGGAGACACCAUCAUUGUCAUCAUCACCAUCCUCAAUCUCUUCUCAAAUAUGGCAACGGAAUUUUUCGUUUACGCAGGUAAAUAGAGAGAAACCUUAAGGUUUCAAAAAAAAAAAUUGAAGGCGCCAUGGCAGUUGUUAUCAUAAUUUUCGCUCUUCUAUCAAUUUUCUACUAUGAAUACAACUACUACACGACUGAUGAAAAUGAUGUCGCGCCAGACGACUUCGAAGAACUUCACAACACCGAAGUAAUGCCCUUGGAUAACAAAGCUUUCGAUCCUUUUGAGACUGAUGUCAUCGAUGUUCGGUUUUGA